UUCACAAAUCAGGGGUCAAUCGAGCUACAAUUUAAUCAUUUCUGCUCUGCCAUUUCCAAUUUUGCUAUGUCUGUGAUUCUAUCAUGUUUCAGAUGGUUACAAAAAUUGCAAGAAAGCAAAAAUUCCUGUAGAGUUUCACAGAAACAAUACACCCCCUUGUUUUCAUUCAGCCUCAUCAAAAUCCACUGAUCUCGGAGCUUCCAUUAGUAGGAGUAGUAUUAUGUUUAGCUCAGAGGCGAUCUCGAGUGAUAUGAGCAGAAACAGCAGCUUUCUUCUCUCAAAUCCGAGUUUCAAGAGCAGAGAUUCCAUGGGGUCCGAUUUGUUUCCGAAUCAUGCUCAGCUUCAGCAGCAGCACGGGUUAGCGCGGUACCGAUCGGCGCCGAGCUCGUUUCUGGCCUCGCUAUUGGAUUCGACUGGUGAGAACAGCAGCAGCGGCGACGAAUCGGAAGCUCUGUUGUCGGCGCUGAUGGAUGGGCAGAAGAGCGGUAAUCAGAUGCAUUAUCAUCUGAAGCAGGAGACCGAAUCGGAGCCCCGGCCCGGGUAUGAGAGUGCUGUCGUCGGAUCUUAUUCCGUGGGGAUGGAGAAUUUGGUUAAUUCGAGGAUGAAUAAUGGAUCCAAUCUUGUGAGGCAGACUAGCUCUCCUGCUGGAUUCUUCAAUGGAUAUGGUAUGAUGGGAGAGGUGGAGAAGCACAGAGCUCAAAACCAUUCAAAAGCUACUUCAUCAUCAUCACCGUCAGCUGCUGGUAUGAGCAGUCAUAUUAAUUUCUCAUCCUCGAGGUUCAUGCCUACCAUACCUGAGAACGUUAACGAAAGCAUUGGCAUGCGUAGCCCUGAGAAUGGCCAGUUGGGAAGUGCUAAUGCCAGAGAGUUCGACGCCCUCUUCCCUCAGGACUCGUGGAAUCAUGACACUCCUUUCAAUAGCUUGAAAAGAAGUCGAGGUGGUGACAGUGUGAAGAUGUUUUCCAGCUUCAAUGAGUUGGAAAAUCAGAGUGGGGAACCAAGGAGAAGCCAUGGCUUAGUUCACCAUAUGAGCUUGCCUAAUACUGCUUCUGAAAUGGCCGAAUUGGAUAAGUUUAUGCCAGUUCAACCGGACACCACCACUCCUUGCCAGAUUAGGGCGAAAAGAGGCUGCGCCACUCAUCCAAGAAGUAUAGCAGAGAGGGUGAGACGCACCAAAAUUAGUGAAAAGAUGAAGAAGCUGCAAGAUCUUUUCCCAAAUAUGGACAAGCAAACAAGCACAGCUGAUAUGUUGGAUUUGGCAGUUCAAUACAUUAAAGACCUUCAAGGUCAAGUAGAGACGCUCACAGAGACGAGGGCCAAGUGCGUUUGCUUGAGACCUCAACAAACAACUCCCAAAUCGUAGCAUAAGCUAGCUUCCACUCGCCUUCUAAGUCGAGGCUGUCGUGUAUACGCGCUCGUUUUGGCCAGUAGGUGAAGGAGCGCUUUCCGUUGUCGAUGUUGGAAGCCUACAAUGUGGAUUUACAUUGUGAUAAUGAUUAUAUAUGUAGGUUGAUUUUAUGAAUAAUUUGUGUAUGUAUAUUUAAGGUGCUUAGACAUUUUAGAGGCUAGCUACGUUUUGGUUACGUGAUUGUGUUCUAGUUGUUGGUGUUGAUAUAAUAUUGGGAUAUACGGUUCAGGUUUA